CUGCAGCACCUGAAGCACGAGAACGUCAUCGGGCUGCUGGACGUCUUCACCCCGGCCACCUCCAUCGAGGACUUCAGCCAAGUGUACCUGGUGACCACCCUGAUGGGCGCCGACCUGAACAACAUUGUCAAGUGCCAGGCGCUGAGCGACGAGCACGUUCAGUUCCUCGUGUACCAGCUGCUGCGCGGGCUGAAGUACAUCCACUCGGCCGGGAUCAUCCACCGGGACCUGAAGCCCAGCAACGUGGCUGUGAAUGAGGACUGUGAGCUCAGGAUCCUGGACUUUGGACUGGCACGCCAGGCAGACGAGGAGAUGACAGGCUACGUGGCCACGCGCUGGUACCGGGCCCCUGAGAUCAUGCUCAACUGGAUGCACUACAACCAGACAGCAGUGGACAUCUGGUCCGUGGGCUGCAUCAUGGCUGAGCUGCUCCAAGGAAAGGCCCUCUUCCCGGGCAGUGACUACAUCGACCAGCUGAAGCGCAUCAUGGAGGUGGUGGGCACACCCAGCCCUGAGGUUCUGGAAAAGAUAUCCUCGGAACACGCUCGGACAUACAUCCAGUCCCUGCCCCCCAUGCCCCAGAAGGAUCUCAGGAGCAUCUUCCGUGGAGCCAACCCCCUGGCUGUGGACCUCCUGGGAAGGAUGUUGGUGCUGGACAGUGACCAGAGGGUCAGUGCAGCUGAAGCCCUGGCUCAUGCCUACUUCAGCCAGUACCACGACCCCGACGAUGAGCCCGAGGCCGAGCCUUAUGACGAAAGCGUUGAGGCAAAGGAACGCACUCUGGAGGAGUGGAAGGAACUCACCUACCAGGAAGUCCUCAGCUUCAAGCCCCCAGAGCCACCGCAGCCUCCAGGCAGCCUGGACAUUGAGCAGUGAGCCACGCUGGAACUCAAGGAGGGGCCUGAGCCCGCCUACCCCGGUUCCUCGGCCUGCCCAAUUCCCACGAGGGUCGCCUCCCACCACUUGACCCCUCGCCUGGGACCCCUGGCAUGCUGCCCCCUGUGGGAGUCUGAGCACACGUAUGAAUGCAUGAUUGUGUGCACCUGUGCAAGCCGUGGGUGUAGGAGUCUGGACAGAGUGUCCUGGACUUCCUUGGUCCUUCUACCACAUCCCAACAACCAGGGUCUCCCUUGGGAUCUCACUGUGGGGGACACGGAUGCCUAGGAGGUCCCCUGGGGAGCGUGUCUGUCUCCAGAUCUCAGUCCCAGUGGGCUGUCUCUUGGAGGUGGUGCACUGGGGCUAGGGCCCCCUGAAGAUUCAAAGGGAGGGGUCUCAGUGGUCUAAGCUGCUCAGCCUGGAAGUAGGGGGCUACCCUGAGAAAUGCUGAGACCCAAAGGCCUGAGAGAUGGGCAGGGUCUUCCCUAGGGGAUGCCAGAGCAGGGACAGCCACGGAGUGCCACAUCAGACUCUUCCUAGAGCCAUGUGUUCCUGUGUUGUGUGGCAUGUGUGCCCAGAUGUGUGUUCCUGGUAUUUACAUGUGAAAGCACGUGUGAAUCUCUGGACACCCAAGGGCCAGUGGCUCUGACCAGCAAGAGGCCCAAGUUGGGGUGGCCAUACUUGCCUCUCUUCCCCCAGUGUCUGAUGUCAUGGGGGCAUAGCUGAGAUCCUGCUGUGCAGCAUGCAGGGGGCUCAGGUGGGCAAGGGACAACCAUGUGAGCAAAAGCCAGGGCAUUCUCCUUGGGUUUCCAAAGCAUGAGGGCACAGUGCCAGCUGGGAGCUGGCGAGCAUGGGAGUGGGGGGACACCAGGGGGGCUGGCACACAUCGAGGAGGACUUGGACUUGGACCCUGGACCUGUGGCUGAGAGCCGGGGUGCUCUGGUCUGUGAGUCGGCCCUGGUUCUCCCUCCUUCCAGAACGGAGCUGGCCAGUAGCCUCUGGAACAGGCCCCUGCUCCACAUGUGUUGGAGGUGUGAGUCUUCUCUGUCCCAUGGUGGUGGCAGGUGUCAGCUGGUGACCUCCUACCUUGCAGGACCCAGGGAGGUUUAAGUGUCAUGUGCCUGCACCAGGGUGUCUCAAUAAAAGAGGUUUCCUCUUGCUCAUCUCGA